UUCCACUCUGUGUUCUGCCUUGCUUCUUUCAUUAUUCCACCCUUGUAAGCUUAGAGCUCGAAUUUAUCGUCGUUGACUUGGAUGGAUCGAUCUGAGAUUGUGUUUUUCGACGUUGAAACCACCAUCGAGAAUAAUGCCAUUUUGCAGUUCGGAGCCAUUUUGGUUUGCCCCGAAAGGUUCACGGAGCUCCACAAGUACUCCACCUUGGUCCGACCAGCCGACCUUUCCCUCUUCUCCCCCGAGGCCAUUGUUGCCUCAGCUCCUAAUUUUGCUGACAUCGCCGACACAGUUUAUGAACUCCUUCAUGAACGGAUUUGGGCUGGUUAUAACAUGUUAAGAUUUGGCAGUGUUCUCAUCAGAGAAGCAUUUGCAGAGAUUAAUCGGCCGCCACUGAAACCCAAGGGUACUAUUGACUUGUUACUUUUGUUGACUGAAAAGUUUGGAAGGAGAGCUGGUGACAUGAAGGUGCUGUUCCAGUAUACUUAUAUUUUAUGGCAGGUUAUUGUAUUUACCCAUGUUAGACGAAAGGGAAAGACUUAUAACUACUUCAAGAGCUUGGAUAAUGCUAGAAAGAUUUUGGAAAUGCUCAAAUCAUGUGCCACUGUUCUGUUCUUGGAAUCGAGUCUUCCAGAUAUAUUCACCGAGAAAAGCGGGGUUUCUUCAUAUGCUACUACAAAUCGCAGUAAUGGAAAAUCAUUACUAGAUGGGAGCUCAUCAAAUUCGAAAAUGAAAUCCAUGUUAUCAUCACCUGUUAAGAAUCAACGUGAAGAAGAAAAAAAGUGGCCAACAUCUCCCAUUCCUAUGUUCAGCUCAAGCGGCUCUAAAUCAAACAUUGUAGAUGCUGAUCAUAUAAUUCAACAACAAACUUGUGGCUUUAGUCCUCUUCGUGACGAAAUAAACAGAGUUAUUCAACCUGCACAAUCUUCAUCUUCUUCAGCCAAUGCGUCUAAGGCUUACGGCAGUACUGAUCUUGUUUCCUUAAAGCCCGAUGAAAUAUUUGUCUCUUGUCUCACUGCAAGUCUUGUUCCAUUAUAUCGUGGCAGUCCAAGGAUACAACUUUUGCACCAAGGUGUCCCCUUUCAACUUCGCUGUGCUGAUCUUGAAAUACGAUUCGGAAUAAACGGCAAGUUUCUUGAUAGCGCUGGUCGACCAAAGUUGAGUUUUGUGGUUGCUCCAUCGCAAAGUUUAUGUGAGGUUCUUGACGCCUGUGACAAGAUUGCACAGAACUCAUGUUUGGAGUCUGGUAGUGACUCUGAUUGGAUUGCAGCUCUUAUCAGAAAAGAUGGCUUCUUCAAUGACCCCAUCGUGCGAUUGCACAUUCCUAGGGCAGAAAGCGGGAAUGUGGCCAUAUAUGCAGCUGAGAUAUAUAAGAAAGAAUCAUCAGGCACUGUUCAGAGGCUGCGAUUCAAUGAGUUUGAUAUAGUGGAGCUGGGUUCCUUGUUUUUGCCGGGGACGUAUGUUGAUGCAGUCUUCUCCUUAGAUCCUUUUGACCAUCUGCAGAAAGCAGGGAUUAGAUUGGUUGCCAAGAAAUUGACCAUUCAUUGUGUGUAA